AUGGCACUCUGUAAAAUGCACUUCGUCAGUGUUAAAGUUGGCAACUGUGGGAUGCGGUGUCACGUCUUUGUAUCACUACCUGGUUCAAGCACUGCCUUCCUGUUGGCCCUCACAAUCAUAGCCUGCACCCAGGCUCUGACACCCACUCACUACCUCACCAAGAAUGACGUGGAGAGACUGAAAGCCUCGCUGGACCGCCCUUUUACAAAUUUGGAAUCUGCCUUCUACUCCAUUGUGGGACUCAGCAGCCUUGGGGCCCAGGUGCCUGAUGUAAAGAAAGCAUGCACCUUCAUCAAAUCUAACCUUGAUCCCAGCAACGUGGAUUCCCUCUUCUAUGCUGCUCAGUCCAGCCAGGCCCUCUCAGGGUGUGAGAUCUCGAUUUCCAAUGACACCAAAGAGCUGCUCCUGGCAGCAGUCAGUGAAGACUCCUCUGUUACCCAGAUCUACCAUGCGGUUGCAGCCCUCAGUGGCUUCGGCCUUCCUCUGGCAUCACAGGAGGCACUCAGUGCCCUCACUGCUCGUCUCAGCAAGGAGGAGACUGUGCUGGCAACUGUCCAGGCUCUACAGACAGCAUCUUACCUGUCCCAGCAGGCUGACCUGAGGAAUAUUGUGGAGGAGAUUGAGGACCUUGUUGCUCGCCUGGAUGAACUGGGGGGCGUGUAUCUGCAGUUUGAAGAAGGACUGGAAACCACAGCACUGUUUGUUGCUGCUACCUACAAGCUCAUGGACCACGUGGGGACAGAACCAUCCAUUAAGGAGGAUCAGGUCAUCCAGCUAAUGAACACUAUCUUCAGCAAGAAGAACUUCGAGUCACUCUCAGAAGCCUUCAGUGUGGCAUCUGCUGCUGCUGCACUGUCCCAGAAUCGCUACCACAUGCCAGUUGUAGUUGUGCCGGAGGGCUCUGCUUCUGAUGCCCAUGAGCAGGCUAUCCUGAGGUUGCAAGUCACCAAUGUUCUGUCACAGCCCCUGACUCAGGCCACUGUGAAGCUAGAACAUGCCAAAUCUGUUGCUUCCAGAUCCAUUGUCCUCCAGAAGACAUCUUUCACUCCUGCAGGGGAUAUUUUUGAACUAAACUUCGAGAACGUCAAAUUUUCUAGUGGUUAUUAUGAUUUUUCUAUCAAAGUUGAAGGUGACAGUCGUUAUAUUGCAAACACUGUAGAGCUCAGAGUCAAGAUCUCCACUGAAGUUGGCAUCACAAAUGUUGAUCUUUCCACUGUGGACAAGGAUCAGAGCAUUGCACCCAAGACCACCCGAGUGACCUAUCCAGCCAAAGCAAAGGGCACGUUUAUUGCAGACAGUCACCAGAACUUUGCCCUAUUCUUCCAGCUGGUGGAUGUGAACACCGGUGCUGAGCUCACCCCUCACCAGACAUUCGUCCGACUCCAUAACCAGAAGACUGGUCAGGAAGUAGUAUUUGUUGCUGAGCCAGACAACAAGAAUGUGUAUAAAUUUGAACUGGACACCUCUGAAAGAAAAAUCGAGUUUGACUCUGCCUCGGGCAUCUACACUCUCUACUUAAUCAUCGGUGAUGCUACUUUGAAGAACCCAAUUCUCUGGAAUGUGGCUGAUGUGGUCAUCAAGUUCCCUGAAGAAGAAGCUCCCUCCACUGUUCUGUCCCAGAACCUUUUUACCCCCAAAGAGGAGAUCCAGCACCUGUUCCGAGAGCCUGAGAAGAGGCCCCCCACGGUGGUGUCCAACACCUUUACAGCCCUGAUCCUCUCGCCCUUGCUCCUGCUCUUUGCUCUGUGGAUCCGGAUUGGUGCCAAUGUCUCCAACUUGACUUUUGCUCCUAGCACAAUUAUCUUUCACCUGGGACAUGCUGCUAUGCUGGGGCUCAUGUAUGUCUACUGGACUCAGCUCAACAUGUUCCAGACCCUGAAGUACCUGGCCAUCCUGGGCAGUGUGACGUUCCUGGCUGGCAAUCGGAUGCUGGCCCAGCAGGCAGUCAAGAGAAUCUGUGAGAGUUUUGCAGGGGCCCCCAGCAGAGACCUGCCCGGGAGCCCCCAGCUCUGCCCUGGGAAGCAGACAGCCUGA